AUGUUUGCCAACGGUCUCUUCUCCUGGUUCUCCAAGGAGCCUACUCCCAACCCUACCUCGGAUGCUACUACCAGCAUCGAGAAUCACCAGCCCAUCAGCCCAAAGGCCCUAUCCGCUGACAGCAUGGUGGUCGAGCAGCCUAACUCCCAGGAGAACAUGCUGAAGCUGCGUGGCGGCGGCGCCGGUGAUAUUUGCUGCGGCCUUUGUGCCGGCCUUCUCUGCUUCGAGUGCUGUGAGGAGUGCUGCUAG